AUGUCACAAUCAAUAUCAGCGUCGUCGAGUCGGCUGCCGUCAUCGUCAUCAACAGCAUCACGGCCCAGGACGACACCAUCAAAGCCCAAGAAGUAUCCCUUCUACCUGGGUGGUACAGCUGCGUCAAUAGCAGCCUUCUUCACACAUCCGCUCGAUCUCACCAAGACACGCAUGCAAACAGCAUCUGCGCGUCAAAACAUGUUCUCGCUCAUGGUAAAGACUUUUCGCGAGGAAGGCCCACGUGGGUUGUACGUUGGACUCACUGCGUCUUUGCUACGCCAAAUGACGUACAGUGUGACACGCUUCGGAGCAUACGAUAAGCUCAAGGAGAUGACGCAGAAGCAGAACGGGGAUGGGAGGCCGUUAGGGCCGCUGCAGAUGGCAUUGUGUGCUUCUGCGGCAGGUGCGGCGGGUGGAUUGGCGGGGAACCCGGCGGACAUCCUGCUCGUCCGCAUGACGAGUGAUGUUAACAAGAAGCCUGCUGAUCGCUACAACUACCCCAAUGCGAUCAGUGGGCUGGUGCGGAUGACCAAGGACGAAGGCGUCUCGUCGCUCUUCCGCGGUCUAGGACCCAACACGGUCCGCGCCGUUUUGAUGAACGCCUCCCAACUCGCCACAUACGACGUGUUCAAGAGCCUCCUCCUCUCGUCAGGAUACUUCACCGAAGGCACAGGCCUGCAUUUCUCGGCAAGUUUCAUGGCAGGUACUGUAGCAACCACCGUCUGCAGCCCCGCCGAUGUGAUCAAGAGCAGAGUCAUGAACGCUGCCGGCUCGGGUGAGGGAAUCCUCAAGACGCUGAGAGGCGAUCUGAAAAAGGAAGGCGUCGGCUUCCUCUUCCGCGGCUGGACUCCGGCAUGGAUGAGGUUGAGUCCCAACACGAUCAUCGUGUUUGUCGUGCUGGAGAAGUUGAGGUUGUUGGUCGACUAUUCGAGAGGCUCCACGGCGAAGGGGGCAAAGGACGUUCAGGUCAAGGCAUAG